AUGAUGCUGUUUUUCGUUCUGGCAGCGGUUUCGCUGGCGUUGGGGGUGUGGGGUGACGAGCACAACAUCGUGAUCCCCUUAGCCUUUGAGCCGGACUCGCAGCUCAUGACCGCCACCCUUGCUGUCGGUUCGCCCGCCAACACGUACAACCUCGUCCUCGACACCGGUUCGCCGUUCGUCGUUGUACAGGACUCGGUGUUUCACCAGACGGCAUCGACGAGCGAUGCAGCGCAGCUCGAGAUGGGCGAUAUGCAGGGCUACGUAACCACGACGCCCGGCGGUGGCGAUGGGGCGCCCGUCAAGCCUACGAUGCACUUUAUCACCGACACGGCGUACCUCGUCCAAGGCAGUGGGGUUGAGGCUGGAGGAGGCGCUCUGGCGGGAAAUAUGACUCUGGCACUCGCCGGAUUGCCACUCAAGGCCCAGGGGAUCCUGGGUCUUUCGCCGCCGUUCAACAAGGUCCAGGGAAAGCCGGGCAAGGAUGGCAAGAAGACGGUGAUCCCCAGUGCGGAUGUUUCGUUUCUGGGUUCCUACCUGUCGGACGAUGGUCGGAAGCGACUGGGCAUUACGGGUGCGUCUCACUUUUACACUGCUAUGACACCGCCCACUGAUUCGGCGGCAGCAAGUGGACAACUGGUGUUUCCUAAAGAGGGUACUACGGUCCCGGUCGUGAAGGGGUAUGAUGCGGGGGCAGCGAUCAACAUCGACCCGGGUACGGGCUCGACGUUUCCGGGGCAUCCGUUCUGGGGCAUUGCCCAUCGCCAUGAUCUGCGGUUCGUCAUCGACGACCAGGUGCUGGACAAUGUUCGCAUCGAUGCACUUUUGCUCGACACGGGCACGGCGGGUGUGGUCGGUCCACCGAGCGAAGUGGCCAAGAUCAUCGACGCCACCCAGGGCCGUCUGAACCGCACAUCGAGCGAUCCCAAGCAGGUCGUAGCUGACGCCGCAUGCGAUCUUUCCAUCAAGCUUGGCUUCGACAUUGGCGGUAUGCGAACGACGUUCACGGCGCUCCGUAGGCCCAGUAAGCCCAGUCCGGCUGCACAGUCGUUCAUGAGCAUGGCGAUGGACCACGAGGAUCAAGGUCAAAACGUCCAGGCGGUCCAGGCGAUGAAGUCGUACCAAACCGCCGGAGUCAAUGUGCACGCUGCAGGAGUUAGAGACUCCGUCAACGCCCUUACGGGAACGCUCUUUGCACCGCGCCUGGUCAAGUUGCACAAACGAAACCCCCUGCUGCUGUCAAAUGCACACCUGACGGAUGCAAAGGAUGGCGGUCAGAGAUGCACCCUUUCGCUCACAGGCAAUCCUCAGGUCGACCAAAUGUUCCCGCAAAACGGCCCCGACUUCAAAGUGUGGAUCCUAGGCACCGAGUUCUUCCAGCAAAACCUCGUGUAUCACAAUAUCGAUUCCGCCGUCACCACCAUCAUCCCGCGCAAGUGA